ACUCAGCAGCGUGCUGUGCACGACGGAGGAGGCGGCACACUGGUACGGCACACCAUCAUCGGUUCGGGUAGAAUAUUUAUAAACAGGACGGAAACAUAACUAGACCACCAGUUACCGUUCGGUGAGAGUCGCAAACGGGUACACAAAUUCUACCACUCCGUAGCUCUAACGCAGUGUGCCUCCUCCAGACACACAGUGAUUUGCUCUUGCGUUAGGUUUCCCGACGAAGGCGCCACCUUGUCUCUUGUGUUAUCUUAUCGUGUGCCAGCUCCCUUUUAGUGCUGUGUGUGUGUGACUAGUGCGUCAGUGACCAGACCAGAGCGUACCAGAGCAGGCGCCAACGAGACGCCAACGAGACGCGUUGAGGAUCAAUCCCAAUCCACCUUCAAUCAACAUCCUCCACCGCAAUGGCCGAUCUGGAGCGUCGGGAUGCCAUCCCUAUACUGUACACACGCGGCACCCACUACACGGUUGGGUUCGAUGUGGGCCGUACAUUCGCAUCCAUUAUUCACAGCUUUCUGGAGAAAUCGAACACACUGAACGAAACCUACAUUCCGCUGUUCAACACCGAAAAAGGCCGUAAAAUCUACGUUGACACGUACGAAAACGUAAACAGGUCGUUCCCGCAGUACAUCCGGGAGCUGCAGGGUAUUGCGGAUGGGGCGAAGGUGGACUUUUACAAGCUGUUUCUGCUGCACAUAGACGAUGUCAUCUGCGGUGCACAGGACGGUAACAAUCAACCGAUCGGCUGCUCCACCAUCUGUGUCAAUGAACCGGACUGUGUGGUGCUGGGACACACGGAAGAUGCGCUGUCCGAGGUACUGAACCACUUCUACUUCGUGUCCGCGCACAUCAUCUCCGAGACGCCGGAAGGCAAGCACAAGGUGGUGGAGGAACGGUUUACCUCCCUCUGCUACGCCGGCCAUCUGCCCGGCUACACGAUGAACGCGAACCAUCACGGGCUGGUCUUCUCGAUCAACACGCUCAGCGCGAAGACGCUCGUCGGCGGUAAAACGCCACGUCACUUUAUCACGCGUGCCCUACUGGCGGCGGAGAACUUCGUACAGGCGCAGGAAAUAUUGCGCGAUCAUGGCGUCGGGGCGGCGGACGGUUGCUCGAUCAAUAUGACAUUCCUGAGGCAGGAGGGCGAUCGGUUGUUUCACAACGCGGAAAUGGGACCGGCCACGAACGGGAACGAAUCGCAGCUGAACAUCCUGACCGCCAGCCCGGGCGAGCACAUCAUCCACGUGAACAGCUACCAGCGGCUGCCGGUGCCGGAAGUGUCCGGCCUGAUCAUCGAGUCGAGCGUCGAGCGGAUGAACACGUUCGCCAAGUUUCCGCCGCCCAAAACGCUGGACGACGUGGUGCGGAUGCUGAGCGACAUGACCGCCAAGGAGCACAAGGUGUUCCGGGACCAUGGCAAAAACCAGAAGGUGAAAACGAUCUGCGUCGGCAUUAUCGACUGCAUCAAGCGCACCUGGACGCUGUACGCGGAGAAUCCGGCCUACGUGCCACCGCUCGUCGUGCUGCCGCUGGUGCUGAAGGAUUGAGCGACCGGUGGCGGACACCGACACACGUACACAGUUUUAUUGUUGAAGCUGAUGGCAUUAUUUAUCACCUCUCCCGGUUUGGGAGCUGUGGCGAGAAACACCACAAUCAAAUAAAUCUUAAACCAAUACGCCUAGAGGUA